UGUCGUCAUUCAAGACUUCCUCGAAGAAACCCGAACAUUGUAGACCGCCAAUCCCAUGUCGCUCAAACCUACGUCAGUCAACCCUCUUGUCCCGACAUCUUAAAUGCCACCCAUCCCCAAAUACGUAUACACCGACCUCAUGUUCCUUCUGAGCAUCCCGCAUUCCUUUCUCGACUGCCUUUCCCCAAGAAACUGACCAAUAGCAAGAAUGUCACUCAACACGACCCAACCAACGUUGGAAUACGGUCGCCAAGUUGUCCUCGGCUCCAGGCUCCGGCCCGUCAAGAUCCAAGACGCCGUGUACAGCAGACUCAUCGAAAUGGCUGACGACGACGAAGACUGCGAAUUUGCACGCUGGCUCCUCCUUCAGGUCUGCGAGAUCUUCAGAGACGAUAUUGACGACCAGACGGCUACCGUGCCCAUUGGUAUGGGUGAACGAGAGUACACCGCCGGCUGGAAGGAUGCCCUCGCAACCAUCCGCGGCCUGUCUGCCCUUUGCCUCAAAGGACCGCUGGAAGACGAGGACGCAUGCCGAUCAGAGCCACCUGACGUGUUCACUCACAGCUACAGGGGUGUGGAGCAAUCUUACCAGGAGGGCUUUGGGAUUGAGUGGGACGAAGAGCGGGAGAGACUGGACUGGGGAUACGAAAUCCCCGCGCGUUGUGGCUUUAUGGGUAUUACACCCUCCGCGUUCGGGGACACUCAACAGAACUCUUCUUCGAACGCCUCGCAAGCCUCCAGCAGCUUGAUCAACACCCCUUCGAGCGUCAGUAUCAGCGACUCGGUCCUUCAAGCCCUCUUCCCUCCGUACUCCUCGGCAGAGUUGUCGUCCUCCUCCAACGGCUCGUCCCCCUCGAAGCGGGCUCCUUCCACCCCCGAUUUCCGCCAGCCACCCAACGGGCACAAUCGGAACCUUAACAAGUCCGACAUAAUCCGCGGCCUCGACACGACCGCGCUGCUCACCCAUUUUGAGCGCCAAUCGCGCCUCUCGGAGCGCCGUAUCGUUGCCGAGCUCGGCCGGACGAGCCUCCUCCGCCAAGCUAUCUUCCAGGACCGCUUCUUCGGCCGCGUGCCAUCCUUUGCGGGAGCCCCGGGCGGCGAUGACCUCGUGAACGAUGAGUACGACGCGACCGAUAUCACGGAUGGGAUCAAUGAGCCAUUCCUGGGCGAGGCGCAGCAGAUGCGUGCGGUGAGGCAAGUCAAGACGCUGUUCCGGCAGUGGCGGAAGGCUGCGGCGGAAGACCGGGUGGAGGCGAACGAGGAUUCGGACGGGGGUACCCGGGUGACGGGGCGAGAAGAUAGCGACGACGGCGACGACAGUGUAUCGAGUGAUUCGGCGAGUUCAUUCCACGCUCCGGAGCCCUGGCUCGAGAGCCACGCCGGAGCAGCGCCGCCUCCCAGCCCAGGGUCGGAGUCCGUCUAUAGCGACGAUACCCUGUGGCCGUCAGCAGCUUCCGAGCCCUGCGACGAAAUGUCGGCACUGAUGGCUCCUCCCAUGCAUCAUUACUCCAUGCGUCAUUACUGCUCCCUGAUGGUCAAUGGGCCGUACUGCACAGACACCGAUGACUCCAGUCACGACCACACACGCCUGGAUGAGAGCGGACCAAGCAGCGAAUGGAAAACGUUGUAGACGGUAUGAGAGAUGGACGGUUCACGAAAACAUGUUUUGCUAGUAGGAGGGAUCGUCGAUAAUGUAUUUUUCCAUUUGUUCUUUUUUCGAGGGGGUAUCAAUUCGUUUGGAUUGGGGCUGGGGUUCCACCUGCGCUUUGCGAUUCUAGACUUGGGCAGGUUAGUUUUUGUUUUGAGGGCGUUCCAACCAGGAUAGAAUAGC